AUGGCGUGGCGCAAUACGGAAAUUUGGCAUUUUCGUGUUUUUUUACAGCCCAGUCUGAUCGAUCGAUAUUUAACGUCAAAUGAUAUCAAGUGAAGUAGUACUCUGCAACGUUGCUGAUCAUUGUUAUCUAAUGGAUGGGAAAUUACAAAUGAGAUUGAGACAUUUACUUGUGAAUCUGGCUCCCUGAAUUAUGCAAAGUGAAAAUGACCUUAACUGUGGACACCCUGCCCAUGUGCCGAGAAGAAGAUAUUGUUGUGUGCAGUGUGACUCGUAAGUCAGUUUUUGUGUAAAUCCUAACUCGUGUCGGUGUUGAUCCAAAUGGGUGGUGUACUGACAAAAUGCAGAUGUUCUUCUGCUGAAGAACAAGCAAACCCUUUAGAACCAAUAGAACAAAUAGAACCGUGCAAUGUGGAGAUAUCUGUGGCGACAAGUGAAGAGGAGAACAAUAUAGGAGACGUAGAAUCAAGAACGACACAGGAAAACAGUGAGGGUGCUGAAGAUACUGAAAAGGUUUUAUACCAACAUUUCUUGCUUGAAACACUUAACCGUUUCAGACAGGAUAGUGUUUUUACUGAUUUUACCAUUAGAGUGAAUGGCAAGGAUUUCCCCAUUCACAAAAAUGUACUGGCUGCGAGUUGUGGUUUCUUUAAGGAGUAUUUCUCUAAAAAUGAAAGCUCCCAAGCCGUCUGCCAUGAAUUAGCCAAAGUUGAGCCUGGUGUUAUGGAGAGUAUUCUCACUUUACUGUACACUGGAAUAUGUAAACUGGAUCAUCAAACUUCAACAACGAUGCUCCAGUCCUUGGAGAUUUUUGGUGUGCCGGAUUUAUUGGAACCAUUAAGGAAACAAAUGGCUUUGGCUUCGAAUAAUGCCGCCAGUGAUGAAAUACCUCCCAGAGUAAAAACAUUUAAUUCGCACUGUCAAGGAGCCCUAUUGUCCACACUGUUGGCAUUUCAGCGCGAUGGAUUGUUCUGUGAUCUUACUUUAACAACAGGGAGUGGCUUGGUGAUUCCAGUUCAUAAGAAUAUUCUGGCGGCUGUCAGCUGUUACUUCAAAGGACUUGUUCGGUCUGAAAUGAAAGAGGUUUAUGAAAGCAAUGUGGACUUUGCUGUUAUAGAUGAGGCAAUUAUAGAGGAGCUACUGAAUUUUCUUUACAGCGGGGAGAUUUCCAUCACUUUUGACAAUGUCAGGAGCUUGCUUCAAGCCAGUGAUUAUCUGCUGAUAGAGCGCUUGAAACGAAGGAUUAUUGAAUUUGUAAGAGAUUCUUUAAAGUUGUCCAAUUUUUGGCUCAUAUAUUCUCUGGUGAGAAGUUUUGAUUGCCUCGAUGAGGUUUACCAAGAAAUGUUAAAUUUGAUGUGUAACCACUUUUGGAGCAUUGCGCUCACAAGGGAUUUUCUUGACAUCACGGACCAAGACAUGAGAUGGUUUCUUUCAAAUGAUGAUAUUGUGGCAAGCGAGGCGCAAAUGUUAGAAUCGUUAAUUCGCUGGUACAAGCAUUCAAAGCAGGAGCGAGAAGAGUCAUUUAAGAGACUUCUCAAUCUCAUCCAUGUGGGUAUUAUUCCUGAUCUCUACCUGAAGAAACUGGCAAUUGAAGAAAAGAUGGAUGACUUGCUCCCCUUGUCUGGCUACAAGCUGAAAGAAGAAGUGUCAGCCGAAGAUGUGUGCAAGUCGGCGCAUUUCCACAACGUUGUGCUGUUUGGACUAACCCACAGACUGCAUUACACGUACUCCUACAAUCUGUGUUACUGGCUUCCGUUUGCAGGUCCUUGGUCUCUCAUUGCUCGCAUUCCUCAUAACAAGUCAAUGCUGGCGUAUGGUACCCCGCUGAUUUACACCAGCUCUGGACUUUACGUGCAGGUGCCAUGGAACAAUCCCAAGCUCGCUUUCCACAGGAAUCCUCUGACUGCGCGACAUUUCAUUCCAAACGCUGGUGUUGCACCAACCUGUGACAUAGAGCCUUCCGCACCCAUGACUUUUGAUUGCGCCGCUGUCACCAUGGGCCGGUAUAUCUAUUUGAUUGGCGGGAUGUCCAUGCAAGAGGUAGCGGAAGUGAAGACUGUUCAACGGUAUGACGUCGAAAAGCAGACCUGGGCGUCAGUCGCAGAUAUGUGCGAGCCGCGGUACGAACUCACAGCGGUUAACUACAAGGAUAAGUGUAUCUUUGUGUUUGGAGGCACUGAUGGCUCGGCUCACAGGGAGUGCUUGAAGAGUGUGGAAAAGUACGAUCCACAGCAAGACCGCUGGUCAUAUGUGAAGUCCAUGCACCAGCCUCGAUCCAGCGCUUUUGCGUUUGUCCACAAUGACAAGAUAUUUGUGAUUGGUGGAGAACGAGGUGAAGACAUCACCCCAACUGACUGCGAAGUCUACGAUCCAGUGACAGAUGACUGGCAGGUGAUCGCAAUCCAGGUAAGUAAGAUGUACACCUUCAAAGGAAACCCAGACGAAGGAUCUUUUCUUUAUCUCACUUCCGGCGGAAGCAGAGAGGAAGGAACAGCGCGUGGUGUGGAGAGUACGGAUGUGAGUGGACGAGCAGCACAACAAGAUUUGGCCAAGUUCGAAGAAGAGACGAUCACGCGACCUUAUGUGACAUGUAUCAAUGGAGUAAUAGCUGUCCUUGACUUUAGCACGUGUGCGGAUGGACUGUGCAAAGCAGACUUUUACUUUGUAGAUCCGGAUUCUGGUGAUUUUAGGACGUUGCAUUCGUUGUUCACUUGGCCCACUGACAUAUCGUAUGGCGCCAUUAUGCCUCUGAGCAGAAGAGACAUGAUCAAAGCGCUCAAAGAUUACUCAGCUGGCGACGUUUCCAAAAGUCAUUAACGAUCCGGCUUGAUUGAGAUUACACCCGCUGGCUGGUUCUCACGUCUUCCGGUGCCAUGCCAGAGGUGAGCCUGUUCACAGGCUACUUGACUUUUUAAAGUACCGUAACCUUUCAAUAAUAAGCCCGGAAAUUUUUCAAUUGCAUACAGAUACUCUUUUAGGAUUUCCAAAAUCCGAAGUGGUCUAAAAAUAACUUCAUAGGGAUUACCUUGGGAAUGAGGCCUUUAUUGGAGAUUAAUUCUCUUACCUUUCAUCCAAAGAACAGUGGAUGAAUUUAUAUAUAUUUUUAUUUAUUAUAGGGAUUUGCCCCAAAAAAUCUUGGUAAAUUAUUUUCGGGGGAGGGGAGUAUUUUUGAGGUUCCUGUCAUUGAAAUUUUAUGGUAACUGCUAGCAGAAAAUUCGAAUUUUUGCCGAGCUUACGGCGAUGUAAAUAUUUGCCGAGAUUGACUGAACCUGGAUAGUCUUGAAUCAUGCAGAUGGAUUCUUACCUUUAAACAGUACUAUAUGUUGUUUAAAAUUAAAGUAAGAAUCCGUUAUUUUUUUUCAACGCUUGAAACGACAGAAAAACAAAAGAAUUGCUAUUAAUCCUCGGACUGGAGACUGAGGUUAUGGGCCACGUUACCGCCAUUCUUGUUAAAGAGAGUUUUUAUUUCUGUGUAAAUAUAGCUUUUAAACCGCGCUGGCGUUUAGAGUGUCUGUCUUUUGUCAGUGUAAACAGGAUUUGCUCUGAUAAAGUCAAACUAAAAUCUGAAAUCUGA